CCAACGCGACGCAACGCCGUGCGACACGGGGCACGACGCGACGCGACGCAACGUAAACUUGCCGCGAGGACGAAAGGAAGGAAGGAAGGAAGGAAGGAAGGAAGGAAGGAAGGGAAAAAAAAGGAAGGAACGCACGGGGGGUCUCUCCCGUCGUGCUCGCGCUGCGCUCUUUUCCCCGGCGAUUACAAUCGCGAUUUUUUUUUACGGCAGACUCGACGCGGCGCGUCGAGGUCGCGGCGCGGAGGAUGACUCUGUUCCCCGUCCUCGUCGCCACGGCGUGCGCGUUAUCUGUGUUUAUCUCCACCGUCCCCGGUGCUGCGCUUACCCCGUGAGGUGUGUGUGCGCGGAGAACACACGGCUCCUCCUGCGGUGAGGAUCUCGGCCAGGCCAGAUCGGCGGCGGAAGAGGGCCGGCGAGGGAGAGAGAGAAGAGGACAGACGACCGAGAGAUCGAGUGACGUAUAGCGGCGGGAGAGACGGACAGAGGAUAGAGAGCGGCGUGCGCGCCCCGCUCCGUUGGUAGUGGUGUGCGAGAGAGCGGUGCGUGCGAGCGAGCGAGCGACGACGUGUGCGCGGCCGCCGUCGCCGUCGCCACCGCCGUCAUUGCCGUCGUCGUCGUCGUCGUCAGUUUAGUUUAGUUUAGUACAGUGUGGUGCGGUGCGGUGCGCGGUAUACGACGGUAGCGUGUCGUGUCGACGACGGGCACGAGGCGCACGACGUCGCCAGCCAGCGACAGCGAGCCGUCACACGAGGCGGCUCCGAGGAACAGAAGGAGAGAGUGAGAGAGAGAGAGAGACGCACUCCAGGCCACCGCACCGCGACGAGAAUGGCGGGCAACAGCGGCGUCCCGGUCCUCCUCAUCACCGCGAACGUCGGCAGCAUCUUCGAAGAGCCUAGCGUCAUGCUGAAGAUAUGGACGGAAGAGUUUUUAUCCACCAUAUCGAGACUGGAUCCGAAAUUUAUAGCGCUGCACUGCCAAGAAGUAGGUGGAAAGAAUUACGAGCAGAGCAUGAGGCACGUGGAGGACUUUGUUAGAUUACUUAUGUCGUCGGAAGAGUUAAGGUUGUUCGACAAAAUUAGAGUAUUUCUCGAUGAGGAUUAUUCAUCCGCUGAACAUUUCACAGCUCUAGGAAAUUUCUACUUCGUGCACGAGUCAUUGAAGGAUGUUCUAUUGUGGGAUUUUAAUGGUACGUCGUAUGUAACUCUACUUUCGAUAGCUCUCGAUAAUCAUACGCAAUGGGUUUUUAAUUAUUAUGUGAUUUUAGAGUGCGUUUUUGUACCUGUAAGUGGAAAAGAAGUCCAUUCGGGCAAUAUAGAAGCAGUUAGUACCAAAGAGAAAGCUAAAUUCCCUCAAGAGUUCUUCCCCGAAUGCAAAUGGUCUAGGAAGGGUUUUCUGCGUACCCGAUGGAGUAUUAGUGGAACAGUUUUUGAUCUCAUAAACAUACACUUAUUUCAUGACGCGAGCAAUUUUAUCGCUAUGGAGAACUUUCCAUCGGUAUACAGUAAAACGCGCAGAAGAGCGCUCGAGCACACAUUAGAUAGAUUUCAUAAUGACAAAUAUCAAAACGUGCCGUAUUUUUUAUUUGGUGACUUUAAUUUUAGGACGGACACGGCAAGUGUGAUAAAGAAAUUGACAGAAGAUACUCAAGAAAAGAGGUUAUCAAAUAAGGGAAAUAUUUCGAAAUUGCAAUUUCACAAUAGAGACGAUGAUCUCGUACUAACGUUAGGCAAAAAGGAAUUUUCUCACUACGAACAUCAGAACGUUUUCAUGAAAAAUGGCGCUGAAUGGUUACGCGAGUAUGACAAAGAGCUGGGAGACUUUGAGGGAAGGUUGUUUGAAUUUCCAAUUAACUUUGUGCCAAGUUAUCCGUUUCAAGAAGAUAUUAACGAGCCUGUAAAUUACAUGCAAACAAGAGUGCCAGCUUGGUGCGAUCGAGUUUUAUUGAGCCCUACUGCAAAAACGCUAGUCCAAGAUAUUGACAAUUCCGAGGCAAUGGAAUACGGUAUAAUUGGCCCGAAUACGUGCAUGGGUGAUCACAAGCCAGUCUACUUGAAGGCUAAUCUCAUCUCGGACGCAGAAACGGCGAGGGAAAUGCAGACGGAGGCGAAGUCCGGGCUGAGAAGCGGCGAGCUGCUCAACGGAGUCAACAACAAUAAUAACAACAACAACGCCGUCAGGACGAUAACGAGAUACGUGCAUACUAAGCAUGCGGAUUCGUCGGUGAAGAUCUUCCGGGAGACGAUGGUUUGAUACUUCCGGAUGACGUUCGUCGCCUGCCGUAUAAAAUAUCGGUCACAACGUGCAAAAAUAGGAUUAGUCAUUAAAAAUCGUUUAAUCCUUUCAGUACCAUUUGGUUGUCUUAAAGACGCACAUCUUCGUGCAUUUCUAAUACAAGAUUUAUUGGGGAGAAAAUUUAACAUGUUUAAUUUUCUUAUCUUACACUUUGACUCUUGGAAAUAUGUUCCAGUGAUUUUUUUUAUUCAUUUUACGAUACACGGUCGCAUAAAAUGUGGCGUCGAAAGGAUUAAACGCUUUUCGUCGAAAAAAAUAAAAGAAAUAAUAAUGAAGACAUUUGGCACGUUUUCGCCACGACGGUACAUCAAUCCGAUCCACCGAACAAUUAUCGCAUAACCCGAAUACUAUGACUACAUUCCACUAUAGCGUAAUCGGCAAAGGAAUUCGCAGGAAAGCGCGAGUCGUACGCCAUGUUUGAAGCAGCAAGCUGCGUGCCCUUAAAUACAUUGUAUCCAACAAUCUAGGGAACCUGCCUAGAACUCCGUACAACAUGUCUAAAACAAAACUUGAAGAUGUUUAAAAGAUGUUUCCUACGCUUUGGUGAAUCUCCAGGCCUCUUUUAAAUGUCUUUCGUCUCCUUUGUGGGGGAACCACCGUUGAAGCAUAUAUCCGCGUAAUUCGACAAAUCGUACAUGUAUAGGUGUCAGAUGUCAUAUGUCCCCCACGAAUACCUCGUUGUUACUUUAAAUCCAAUCCGAAAACCCGAGAUCUUCCUCACUUUUGCCAAAGGUGUUAUUUUUAGACGCGCUACGAAAGUCCCUCUCACUGCCUUCGUUCGCGCGUUCACAAGUACAAGACUAAAAGGAUUUCGUACUUAUUUAUUAUCGGCGCAUCGUUUCGUCACCGUGCCGCCUUCCCCGAUGACAAUUCUGCGUGACGCAAAAUGUGUAGCGACAUCGUGUAUUAUAAUUGUAACAAUGAAUGUUCGUUCGCGAUGUAGAUUUUUUAGAUAUUUAAUGUAACCUCAUCGGUUGUCCUUGUUACGCUACGCUGUUAAAAAUUCAUUCACUUACCGCAAUAUCGCGACGUGCGUCUCAAGUACAACUGGCAUCCUAAUUAUCUUUAAGAUUACCUCGCGCACAUUUUACUUAAUUUUUUUCACUGUGUAAAUUAAGGUGUACAUCGUUCAUUGUAACAUAGGGAUGAUAGUUUCGCUGUAUGGAGGAAGUUCGAUUCUCGACAGAAUCGAAGAUUCAAGGGAUCAUGGAACGCUCGAAGGAUAAUCACCUAUAGAUCAAUAGCGAUAAUUUCCCAAAAAGUGUCAGUCGUUAUCUUGAAGCAGACUCGUGACACUUCUUGAGAAAAGGGGUUUAUUUUGAAUGUACCUCUUCGUGAUAACACAUUGGAACACGUUCUUCACAUGUAUUUGUGUACAAAACGUAAGCCGAUUAAUUCACUUAGAGAGUACACAACACAGACGAGCGAGAAACUUGCUGAUAAUUAAGCGAAGUUGUAGUCCGUAUGAAAAUAUCGAUACGGAUGAUAUAUACAUAUAUAUAUAUUAUAUAUAUUAUAUAUAAAAAGAACUCGCGAGUCAUUCCGACACGACUCGCUGUGCCAAUCCGUUCCAUCUUAGAUUUUUGCACGCGUUUAAUAUAAAUGUAUGAACCCCUCACCACAGACGUGAGCCGCGAAGUUUUCCGGGAACCUCGUUAAAGGAUAUGGCAUCUCGUACUUAGAUCCGUUUUGUGUUUUUAAAUGUUUUCACGUUGAUUAAAAAGUUGACUGAAAAGUUCUUCGCCUCAUCCUGUACCUCGAUGACGCGAUGCUGUAAGGAGAGACGGAGAACACGCGUUUGCGAGAGCAGUUCAGAGAUUGCUGGCGAAGAAUGUCUUGGAUGCUGGGUCCAUUUACACCUAUUCAUCGAUAAUGUAUAGACGUUACAUAGCUCUCGAUAUGUCGUUUGUUUUUUUUUUUUUUCAAAGUGCGUGUACUGAGACACUUUUACCAUGGCAUUCCACGGAAAUUAGCCGAUUAAUUCUGAUCAAUGUGCUGUAAUAACUUUGUAUUGUAGACUCGCGGGGGCUCCUUUGCGCUUCGCUAGAUAGAAAAUCGGUAGGCAAGCUCUUCCUUUGUGUCGCCCGUAAUAGUGCUCCUACAUGAUGUCCAGAUUCUUCCGGAAUGAUUUUUCAUUGUGAAAAUCGCUGUAACUCGCGCCUUUGACAGUAAUCGAGCUAAGUCAAUCUGGCGAACUCCCGUUCGCAUCGGUGUCCGUUUCUCAGCUUUUAAUGUACAGAUUUAACGCGAACGAAAGUUGGGGGGAGCAGGCAACGCCUGCGUUGGGUGAUUUAAGUGCGCGAUGGGAAUUGCGGAGUCUUCGUUUCCAUCGCUUUCACGAUGUUGUUGAACUUUGAUAUACAUGUUGUUGGACACGCAUACGAUGUCUCGGUAAAAUAAUAUAUAAUCCUAAGUGUCACACCGUGAUAUAAUACAUUAUAUAGACCAGAGAAAACAAUUAAGAAAUGCCACGAGGAUCUUUCACACGUCUUUCGAAAUGUUUAAAUGUUACGAACUCUUUUUUACGGCGCGAAAGGGAAAUUUACUUCUGCCCGAGGAUAAGACUUUUCAUAUCGAAACAGCCGCUAUUUUUCGUAUAACGUAAUAAUUCUAUUUGUAACGCACGAGAAAUCCCCUGGAAAUUCUUCUGAGCUCAAUCUUGAUGUCAGCCUUCUCUUGAGUGUUCCUUUUAGUCUCCAAUCAUUUAAUGAAAGAAACUGUAAAGGUGUUUUAUUAUCUGCAUGGCAAUUUAUUUCUGAGAAGUACGAGGGGAAGUAUCGUUUCUUGCGGUCGGGAGGCGAGAUUGAUGUUGUACUUUUAUAAAUACGUAUGUACUUAUAUUUUGUACCGAUAGCGUACCCUCUCGCUUCCGCACGGCGCGAGAUAUAACUCGACGAGACGAGAACAUGCGGAAUAUGCGAUCGUCGUUGUACUCGAGCCCGCGGAAAUUAUACAACGCGAGAAAACGCGGAGACGCUUCGUCGACAAUUUAUCUCGAAGAUUCGAGCGGAAACGCGCUCAUUUCAUGUUGUACCAAUGUUGUAGGAAAGGAAAUAAAGUUACAAACCCAUGACUCGUAAAUAAUA